AUGCUACCACAAAUAUAUUAAAAGAAGUGCUCUUAUCAUGCGAAUAAUUAUUUAACAUAUUUGCAAAUAGGUUAAAAAAAGCAAAAUUAAAUUGGAGCUUGCUAUGAAUGUAUCACAUCUAAUGAUUUGUCAGGUGAAAAUUUGAUACUAAUAAAAGAUAUUUUAAAUAUAUCCCAAGAUAACCCUAUUUCAAAGAAAUAUCCUUUUUUAUAGGAUAAAAAACUUGUAAGUAAUAUAUUAAGUGAGUACAUUUCAUAGGAAUAUAAAGACCCGUUAAAAGAGACACUAACUUUUUUGGGAUAAUUAAAGGAUAAGGUUAUAAAUUCAAUUGUAAAUAUCGAAAAAUCUAUUCAAUAAAAUCCCUAAUAAUAUUUUGUUAACAAAGAAGACCUUCUCAAUUCCUAUUAAGAAAUCUCUUAAAAGGGUAAAUUUUUAGAUUUCUUUAAAGAUUAUAUACUUGAAUCUGGCGAUUAAGGCUAAGAUUUUAAGAUAUCACAUUGA